UACACUGCAGCCCUGACAUCCCCAUCUAGCAUAGAGGGAGUGGAGAGAGCGUUGGGGCAAGGUACAAGGGGAGGAGAGAUGGAAUGAACUUGACUUCAGGUUGGGUGGUACAAGGGGAUGUGUGUAUCAGGGUACGGCUGCGAUCUCUGCUGAUUAAUGCUUGCUAUUUGACCAGAAGAGGAGGCCUGGAGUGAUUUGGUGGUGAUCUCCAAGAGAAGCGAAGCAGUGGCGCUUUCGCAGAAACAGAGCAGGAAGAACUGAGCGUCAGCCUUCAGAAGGCCAGAACAGAGCAGCGAGCUGGAGCUGGUAUGAGGUUAAUGGUCCUGAAUUGAACCGACACUAUGAAGUCCUUGGAACUGCUGCUGCCUUUACUGCUACUUGUAAGAGAUUUACAUGCUCAAUGGAAUGUAUGGAUGCCCAGGGACAUGUCAGCAAUGACUAACUCCUGUGUGGUAAUCCCAUGCACAUUCAUGUACCCCUCAGGAGUCAGGCCAUACAGGGGCACACAUGGAAUCUGGUAUUUUGGCCAACCCUAUCCACAACUUUUCCCUCCAGUGGUUUUCAAAUCUCGCACAGACAUUGUGCAUGAAAGCUACAAAGGCCGUUCUAAGCUCUUGGGUGACCUCUCACAGAAGAACUGCACGCUGCAAAUCAGCAACCUUGGAGUCGAGCAUGCAGGGAGGUACUACUUCAGAGCCGAUCUAGGAGGAGCAAACAUCUACACAUUCCCAGAUUUCACUGAGCUCAAGGUGUUGGACCAGCCCAAAAUUGAUGUUCCCGAAGAAAUAGUCAGUGAUAAGACAUUGGAAUUGACGUGCUAUGCUCCAGACAACUGUCCUGACAUGAGUCCUGAGAUCCACUGGAUGUUCACAGAAUAUCUCCCUGAACCUCAUUUUACAGCAGACUAUGUGGAGGAAGGCAACACAGCAGUGAUGUCUAGCACACUUACUUUUACACCCAAAGCUAUGCACAAUGCACAAAUGGUGGGCUGUAAUGUCCAUUACCCCAACACCACUUUAGUCUAUGAGCGUAUCAUCUUUCUGGAUGUCAAGUAUGCUCCUCGCAAAGUCUGGGUAAAUGUCUCUCAGGAAGUCAUGGAAGGGAGCUCUGUGAUACUUCACUGUGAUGUGGACAGCAACCCUAUACCGCAGAUUUCAUGGUUCUUUGGGGAUGAACUGCUGAUGUCAGAAACUGCCUCAAAUGCUUCUUUUUUUCUGGAUAUUUUGACUGCAGAGCAGGAAGGUAUAUACACCUGUGUAGGGGAAAAUGGCUAUGGGACAAUGAACUCCUCCCUGUACUUGACUGUCAGAUAUCCCCCAAGAAAACCAGUGGUGAAUGAAUCUUUGGUGGUCAUGGAGGACUCCUCUCUGGCUCUCUAUUGCAGUAGCAAGGGCAAUCCUGUCCCUACACUUACCUGGCUGAAGGAUGGAGCACUGAUUGGAACCAUAAAAGCUGAAGAGUUGUCCAUACUUGAGCUUACAGAAAUCGACCCACAGGCAGAUGGCACAUACCGCUGCCUGGCUGAGAAUGAAUAUGGCCGGGCAAGCAGUUCUCUAAAUAUCACUGUGGAGUUUGCUCCUAUUUUACUGGAUGAGUCCAAGUGCACCAUAGUGCGAGAGGGUGUGCAGUGUGUCUGCAUAGCCACAGGGAAUCCUGAGCCAUCCAUUGUAUUCUACCUGCCUGACCGCAACAUCACCAUUAAUGAUACAAAUGGCCAUUUCAACUUCUACACGCAUUCAGAUGGCUAUACAUCAACUGGCAUGAUCAAACUGAGGGAGAAGGGUGACCGGGAGAACAACGAAGACAUAGCUGUUCAUGUACAAUGCGGCAUUUCUAACAUUUAUGGCUCUCAGUCUAUUCGGCUGGAGCUACAGCAAGAAAAAAAAUACCUGAUGGCUGUGAUAGUGGGAACCAUUGGAGGAGUGGCAGUUAUUGCUUUUAUCAUUGCAGCUGUAAGAUAUGUGGGACAAAACAAUAAAAAAGAGAAUGGCAACCCUGGGCAGGACGUGGGCUCUAGAGUGGAGAAUCCCUCCAUGUACUACAGCGCAGUCAAGAAGGACAAACAAAGUCUCAGGAAAAAAGUGCUUAAGACUGAGCUGCUGGGCUCUAGGUUUAAUUCCAUCCUAGAAGAAAGCACGGGAGAAGACAGCGAUUACCAGCAUGUUGGCUCAACUGCAGGCAUGGAGAGGCAAGAGCUGAACUUUCUCGGGCGACGCAGAGAGGGAGGGUUGGGGAGGGGGGAUGAUACCACUGACUACACAGAGAUCAAAGCCAAAUGAACCGCGAUCCUUCCCUGAAGCCUCGACUGAAAGGGAUACAGUGGCCUCUAGUUCCCAACAAAUACAAUUUGCUUUAGACUAUACCUGUUAACUUGCCAAAAUUGAACAAACCUAUAAUUCUAUUGGCUUGAGCUUUGUUUACAUAUUUUACUGUAAUGUUUCUGAAACAAAAUCAGUCCCUAUGUACAACCAUAUAUAAUACCUCUAAAUCUCAUUUCUGCAUUUAUGCUGUGUAGGGUCCAAACAGGCUGGCAAGGGGUGUUCUACACCAUUUGCAGGAUUAUAGUAAUGUUACUAUGUUAAGUGCUUGUUGCCUUGCUUGUGUCCAGGAUCUCUUUCUCUAGUGGUCAUUCACACUGUGUCCGCAGCAAGUCGAAGCGUCAGGGAACGAGACAUGCAGCAUGUCUCGAAGUUCUAGCACUAUCUCCAGUAGAAUGUUUUCUCAAAUCCAGAGGAUUUCUCAGCCACUUUCUAAGUGUACCAUGAUAAGUGCUCAGUGAAGUUUGCAUUCUGUAUUUCCAAUGAUAUGCCCUAAAGUGAUUGUUAGAUUGUCUCUAAGUUUGUGUGACUCCACAAAGUAAGGAGAAGGAUAUUGUUUACCUAGUGAAUUUCUUUAAAGUGGGUUAAAGGAAUGGCUGACUAAUUAUUGGUCAUUUUAUCUGUAUAGUGCAGAGUGAUGAUGAUGAUGAUGAUGAUGAUGAUGAUGAUGAUGAUGAUGUUGAUGUUUAGAUCAAACAGAAACUUUUGCAGUUAUUUAUUCCCUUUAAAAUGUUACAUACUUAAGAGGUGAUUAAAAUAUAAUUACUGCACUUAUUUGCCUUGGAAAACUUUAGAGUGCAGUAUUUUGGACUAUUAAAAAUAAUAGAGAUGCAAUUUCAGUGCUAUUGCUAAGUGAAGUACUGUUUUAAAGAGGAAAGUGUGUCAGUGGUCAAUGACCUUACUUUUCUACAUAUUUAAGACACAUGGCAAAUGGAGUGGACUUUACACCCCUCAUUCUUGUAGUCCAUUUCUUGCAAAUAUAUAAUUGUAUUUUAUUUUAUUUCAAAGCUGGAGACACAGAUCCAGACUAUUAUAUUUUAUUUUUAUAUUAUUAUUAUUACUAUUAAUUAUUAUUAUUAUUAUUAUUAUUAUUUUUCACAAAGUCUCUACUCUAAGGGUAAAUUCAGAAUAUCAACCAACCAGCCAUGAAGACAGCAAAAUGCAAUCCAACACAACUAAAUACAUAUUCGAAGAACAGUGGAAGUCACGUCAGGUCUGUUAAAAUGAAUACACAAAAGUGUCACAUUCAAAACUAUCACUUUACCCAGGGGUGCUUUAAUGAAAUGUAUUAUUUAUUAUCCUUAAAACAUCCUCUAUUGAGGUUAUAUCAAAUUCAUCACUAUGUACAAUAUAUGUACAUAUAUCAAACCUUAACCUAUACAACUCAAUGUUUACUAAAUAUUUAACACAUAAAAUCACUUACUUUGAAUUUGUAAAGAUUUCAUAAAAAGCACCAAUAUGAAGGCAUAUGAAAUAUGUAAAUAUGCAUCUAUUCUAUGUUGUGAAUCCUUUAAAACCUAGGAGAAGGUUUUUAUUGGAUUUGAAGCACAGAAAUAUAAAACAGGCAAUUAAUAACAGAUUUAUUUAUAAAAAGGCAUAUAUUUAGGAGAGCAUUUUGGUAGUCCAGUCUAAUUAUUCACUAUAUUGUUUAUUGUAAAGAGUAUUUGUAAGCGUUUGACUGUGUGAUGAUAACAAUGAUGAAUUUUUGUUUUAGUUAUAUAAUAAUUUAUACAGGGACUUUGCAACCCUUGAAUAAAACAACACUGUUCAGAGCUAAUUUUUUCUUUUUUUCCGUUAAAAAAUGUUCACCUUCAAUGCCAUCUUUAAAGCAAACAAAUAAAUUA